CACGGCUGGAGCUGGGACGACGAUGAAGAAGUCCGAGUCGGAGCUGCAGCUCGAGGCGUUCAUCCGGGAAGAUGCCGGAGACGGAGACGGCGACGGCGAGAUGAUGCCUUCUUCUCUCGGCUUCGGCCAGAGCUAUGGAAGCAGCAACCACCACCACCUGUGGUGGCCAGAGACGGAGGGUGUCGGCGCCCGUGCUGCGCCGCGCCCCGCCGCCUCAGCCACGGUCGAGUCGCCGGCUCCGGCGUCCAUCUCCGGUACGCGAGGCACAACAGCUAGCCCCAGAGCAACCGCGUCGGCGAACGGCGGCGCAGCCGAGAGCGACUCGGACUCCGACAGCGAGUCCUUGUUAGAGACAGAGAGAAGCCCGCGCCUGCGUGGCACCAGAUCCACCGAAACGAAGCGAAUCAGAAGGAUGGUGUCCAACAGGGAGUCGGCUCGACGAUCCAGGAGGAGAAAGCAGGCACAGCUAUCAGAACUCGAGUCACAGGUCGAGAAACUCAGAGGCGAAAAUGGAUCACUCGUCAGGCAGCUCACAGAGUCGAGCCAGCAGUUCACAGCAGCGGUCACUGACAACAGGAUCCUCAAAUCCGACGUGGAAGCCCUAAGAGUCAAGGUCAGGAUGGCGGAAGAUAUGGUCGCGAGAGCCGCGAUGUCGUGCGGCCUAGGCCAGCUUGGCUCAGGGCUGGCGCCAUUGCUCAGCUCCAGAAAGAUGUGCCAAGCUCUGGACAUGCUCACGGUCACAGGGCUAGAUUUGCCGCGACAGGUUCAGAACUCACCGGUUCGAAGCGCUGCAAGCCUGGAGAGCCUGGACAACCGGAUAUCCAGCGAGGUGACCAGCUGUUCAGCUGAUGUGUGGCCCUGACACUUGAUCCGAGACACACGUGAUCCUCUGCAAUACUGUCCCUCUCGAUGACGGCGACUCGUAGGUUGCCCUAACGAGAUUCACAUGUCAGCGACCGCUACUGCUACGGAGCGGUACUGUAGAGAAUCGCUGUUGCCGUGCAUAACUGACAAGCUGCUAAGGUACUACUGAGGCAAGUGAAACCGUUUGUGUUCUUGGUGCUGAAGAACAGGUUGAUCGGUGCGUUUGAUCGGAGACGGUCGAGGCCAUCUGAUCGAAAGUUGAUAGGUAGGAGUAAAUAGUUUGAUUUCGAUCACCUCUAGUCGUUAGUGCCUUCGGUUACUCCAUAUAUAGGUUCAGUAACAUGUGUUCCAAACUGCUCUGUUCCGUACUUCUACAGUUGGGCAUCAGUUUUUCAGUGCUUUGAUCGUAGCUCUUGUUCUACGGUGGACAGCAUCGGUGUGAAAUGUACUAGUUGUGAGUGAUAGUAAACAACUGCAAAUAUAUUAUUAUACUUAAAAAUGUAAAAUAUGUGACACAGGGAACGAUGGGUAAAAUUCAAACCAGUA